AUGGAAAAUUAUAAAUUUAUUGAAAAGAUUGGAAGAGGAACACAUGGCACAGCAUAUCUAUUAAAAUCUUAUCUAGAUAAUAAGUUAGUCGUAUGCAAAUCAAUUUCAUCAAAAUAUGCAAAACAUGCAAACAGAGAAAUUAAUAUUCUUAAACGAUGUAAACAUAAAAGAGUAAUUAGAAUGAUAGAUUUUAUCAAAGUUUCAGAUAGCAUGUAUAUCAUACUAGAAUAUGCUAAUUGUGGAACUUUAGAUUCAAUGAUUAAAUAUUAUGUAAAAUCUGCAAAGAAACCACCCACUGGACUUGUAUGGUCUGCAAUAUCGCAAAUUUCUGAUGCUUUAUAUUAUUUACAUUCAAAUUCAAUAAUCCACAGAGAUAUUAAACCAGCAAACAUACUAAUUUGUAAAACUACGUAUGAGAAAACAGAUUACUUAGAAUUCAAACUAUGUGACUUUAGUCUUAGUACUGAGACAAAGGAUAAAAUUGAAAACAGAUUGAUAGUUGGGACACCAUAUUACAUGGCACCAGAAAUAAUAGAAAAAAAACAUAUGAUCACAAAAUAG